GCAGUGUGGUCCCUCGCGUUCGGGUCCGUGUCGCAGCGGGGACUGGAUCAGCGGAAGGGCAUGGAGGACAGCGUGUCGCUGCGCCCGUCCUUCUGCGCCUGGGCCGACGGCUCCCCCAUGCACUUCUUCGCCGUCUUCGACGGCCACGGUGGCCCACAGGUGUCGGCCCUUUGCAGUGACCAGAUGCACGUCAUACUGGCGGAGGGGCUGGCCCGCGUGGCAACUGCCUACCGGAUGGAGCACCCGGAAAAUGAUGAAGAGGCGGAGCGUCGCGCGUGGGAGGCGGCGCUGAAGCGGAGCUUCGAGCAGACGGACACACUGGGGAUGGGGUUGUCGGAAUCGGGGUUGCCCAUCAUGGGGUCCACUGCCGUGGUGGCGCUCCUGGUCCGCGGCAGCAUCCUCAUGGCCAACUGCGGCGACUCCCGCGCCGUGCUCUGCCGCGCCGGACACGCCUUACCACUCUCCCAGGACCACAAGCGGGAGCGGCCGGACGAGAGGGCGCGGGUGGACGCGGCCGGCGGCAAAGUGCGCACCUCCGACGACGGGCAGCUGCGCGUACGGGGAGUGCUUGCAAUGUCUCGCGCAUUAGGGCACAAGCUCCUUAAGCCUGCAGUGAUAUGUGAGCCAGAUAUAACCAUGACGACUCGAUCGGAGGAUGACGACUGCCUGAUCCUCGGGAGCGAUGGCUUGUGGGAUGUCAUCGAGAACCAUAUUGCCUGCAAUGCCGUGCGGAACUGCCUAGAAUUAGAAAACAAGAACAACCAAGGUGUUCCUAGAGGGGGUGCACUGAUAGGACAAGAGGAAGAGGUUGGCUGCAACAAUGCUGCAACCCUCCUAAAGAACAUGGCAAUCUGCAAGCAUAGCCAGGAUGACAUUAGUGUUGUCGUACUUGAUCUGAAGGCAAGAGGUUAG